UGUCAUUAUUCUUUGAAGUCCCGUUGUCAGUAAUUGUUUGCAAAGUUCCAUUUUGAGCGGAGAGCCUCUCAGAAAAGCGCAAGUAUCUGUCGUCUUUGCUAAACGACAACAAAGGGACAAAUGGCGGAGUGUCUGGCCUGGCAUCGCGCAUGUGUUCCCGGCAAAGGAAGGGAAUAAAAUUGCGAGUUGGUGCCCCUGAAUCAUCCAUUUUGAAGAUGGAAAAUCAACAACCACCAAUGGAAGGGGAGACAAGCACAGGUGGCUAUGGUGAUGGAGCUCAGCUCAUGGAUGCUGUUGUCCUACAAACUCAAGAGAUGCCCAAGACACUGAUGCAGGGCGACACAGGGACUGAAACACAGCAGUACAUGAUUGUAGACCAAAAUGGAGCUGAAGCCCAGCAAAUAAUUCUGGAGACCACACAGCCCAGUGCUAUAGGAGCAGCUGCACAAGCAGCUUUUGGUGCAGCCACAAGUGUUGCCUUGGCAUCUGGAGAUGGGAGUGUUAGUAUCAUUCAGGGGGGAUCUUCCCUUGAUAACCAGGCUGCCGCUGAAGCCAUCCUGCAGUUAGAUCAACAGCAGCAAGGUGAAGUGGUCCAGAUGGUGAUUCCUGAAGGAGCUCAGAUUGUUGAGAAUCAAGGCCAGGUUCAGAUUGUAACCACAGAAGCUGGAACCGGGAGACAGUAUAUUCAUGAUCCGCACACAGACACGAUCACCAUAAUCCAGAAUCCAUCUUCUAGUCAACAAGACUUGUUUGCAGGAUCUCAAGUCGUAACAGAACAAACUGUUAUCCAAACUGGAGCCCAGACAGAGGAGUUAGAAGAGGAAGAUGGCGAAACUAGAAUUAUUAGUUUAGAAGAAGAAGCAGUGGAAGAUGAGGCUGAGGUGGAUACACCAGUGGUAGCUGAAAGUCAGGGGGAAGUUUCAGAUCGUCAGCCAGUAAUAGAAGAAACAAUAGUUAAAGAAACAUAUGUUCCUCUUGAAGAAGGAGAUGGGGCUAUAACUGAAACAAAGGAGGGUCAGUCUGUGGAAGGAAACACUACUGGUCAAGAAACAACAGGUAAAGCAGUGCAGUCACAGAACAAGGCAACUGUACAAGAAGUUGAUCAAAAUGCAGAGACACAGAAAAUUGAUAGUGAAGAUGGUGUUGCUGAUGAAAAUCAAGCAGCUGAUGAAGCUGAGACUGAAGCAAUAGAAACAGAAGAUGCAGAACCAGCUGUUCCUGAGAAGACAGUUGAAGAAACAACUCCUAGAAGGAGAGGUCGCCCAGCAAGAAAGGUUGAAGAACCUAAGGCAAAGGAUAUUCCUGAAGAGACUGCUACUCCAGAGAAAAGACGCAGGGGAAGGCAAAAAUCUGACGACACACCUGUUGAACCUGAACCAGAAAAAAAGGUAGAGGUCGACCAAAGAGAUGUAAAGGAAAGUGAACCUGAGCCAGAAACUCCACCAGCUGAAGAGGUAGCGACGCCGAAGAGAAGGGGAAGACCGCGAAAAGAUACAACUGAAACCCAAGAAGUUGAAACACCUCAAGAAAAGUCCCAAGAACCAGCACAAACAGAGGACACCUUAACUCCAAGAAGAGGAAGAGGCAGACCCCGUAGAGAUACAACAGAGACUCAAGCAGUUGAAACACCAACUAAAGAUACUCCCACUGAAGGUAAAGGAAAGAGGGGUAGACAAAAGAAAGAACCUGCUCCAGAACCUGAAGAGGAAGAGGAAACUCCUAAACGAGGCAGAAAAAAACAAGCCGACGAUGAGAGUAAAUCCCCUCAAGUCGUGACAAAGGUUGUUCCUCUUGAUGGAGAGGAUGUACCUGCCAAGAGAGGCAGGGGAAGGCCUAGAAGGGAAGAGCUAGUUCAAGUGGUUGUUACAGACACUGCUUUGGAAACUGAUGAGGAAACCCAGCCGCAGGCAGAGGAAGGAAGAAGUCAAAGAAGAUCGGGUAGAGCAGCUAAAGAGCCUGUUGCUGAGCCACCUGCUCAUGUCACCCGAAAAACGCUCCAAGAGGAAGAACAACUUGAAACUCCUUUGAAGAGAGGUAGGGGAAGACCCAAAUCAACUGAUUCUGCACCAUCAAGUGCCCAGAAAAAGGCUUCAGCACCAUUGGCAGAUGUUGAAGAGCCAGAUGAAACACCAAGAAGGGGUGGAAGGAAGAGAACCAGAGAUGCUGAUGAACCAGAGGCUGUUGAGGUUGCAACUCCAACAACUCCUGCAAAAAAGAAAGCAAAGGGCCAGGAAAGUGUUAAGCAAGAGCCUUUGGAAAUGGAAGUAGAAGAAGAAGUAGAAGAGGAGGAGGAGGAAGAAGAGGAGCUGGGGAUAUUGGAAGAGGAAGAAGGUUUUAUUGUUGUUCCUGCGGUUCAUGAAACAAGCCAGUCUGUAGGAACAGGAAUGCAAGAUACCGAAACAGUUCAUGUUCAAACACCAAGACAGCAUUCUGUUGAAACAGGCACUACUCCAAUUACACCAGAAAGAGGCAGGAGAGACUACGAUGAUCUUGCAGGAACUUCUAAUGACAUAUAUGACAUCGAUCAAAUUGAUGAAGAUGAAUAUGAUGAAGAUCAUCUCAAGUCUUCAACUCAGGCAACACAGACUCCCAUAACUGCUCAUUUUGUGGAGGUUGAGACGAUUUAUGAAUCUCCUGGAAGAAGGUCUGUACAAACACAAACUGAUCCUCGAUUAAAGAAGAAGAAGUUUGGCCCUCUUAACAUAGAUGCAGAAAAUGAUCCUUUGAUGGAUGAUGAUGAAGAAAGUCCAAGAAGGAGACGCAGGAGGGAAGAUGACAUCAGUUUGUUUGAAGAUACAGAGCCAAGGAGAAAAUCCAUCAAGAGAAACACAGAAGAAGCUUUGAAAUGUCCAUUCUGUGAUCGAGCUUUUAUUGGCCUGGUAAAGCACAUCAAGAGUAAGCAUAAAGAUGAGCCUGACUUUGAUGAAGAAAUGAGAAAUGCCAAGUGGAGAGAAAGAAUCAUGAAGGUAUCUACUCAAGGAGUUGAUGAUUCUGGUGAGACCUGUGGAGAAUGUGGGAAAAUCACCAAGAACAUGAAACGACACAUGGAAUUGCACCAGCAGAACCGAAUGCAGAUUCCUUGUCCUAUCUGUGGAAAGGUGGUCCUGAAGACAGGAAUGAGCUCUCACAUGCGCACAGUUCAUUCUGGAAGAAAGCCUUACAAGUGCCCCCACUGUGACUAUACCUCAGCAUUCCGAGGCAACCUGAACACUCACAUCAAGGGCAUGCAUCUUCAUACCAGACAGUAUCUCUGCAAUACAUGCAAAGCUGCCUUCAAGACACUUGGAGCUUUGAUUGGUCACACAAAACGUGUUCAUGAAGGCUGGAAAUCCCCAAAUCAGAAGAUUUUCAUUUGCUCAGUAUGCGAGAAAAGAUUUACGAAAAAAUACCAUGUGGAUCGUCACAUGCUUAUUCACACUGGAGAGAAGCCUCAUAAGUGCAACGACUGUGGACGAUGUUUCAAUAACAAAUCCAACCUUAUGUCUCACAUUCAGUUGGUUCACAAGAAGCUUUCCCCAUACAUGUGUGACAUGUGUCACGAGACCUUCAAACGUAAGAAGCUCCUUCUGGAGCAUAUCGGAAAAGUACAUGUUGCUCAUGGUGAGGCUGCCAAGGCCAUGCAGGCUUACAUCAAGAAGAUUGAGGAGGAGGUUCCAGAUGAUCCAGAAGAAGCAUCAGCUAUGGAGCAAACUAUUACGCUCACCCAGGAAGGGGAAGAUGGAGAGGAUGGAACUACGACAGUUUACACUGCAGUGGGUGAUGGGACUUACGCCACUGUGGUCAAUGAUGCCACACAAAUGCUGCAGGGCCAGGCAUUCACCACCCUACAGACUGAGGGAGGCCAAGAAACCAUCAUUAUCGUCCAGGCAGCAGAUCCAAAUGAAGUUACCCAUGCUAUUGUUGAGCAAGAUGGACCUGUACAGUUUGCCAUGCAGCCAACAGCUGAUGAUCCAAAUGCUGCAACAACUAUAUAUACAACAAUGCAAAACUAGGGGUUUGAUGAUCAUAGAAGAUACUACCUGUGGCUGAAUGUUGCCGGAGUGAUGAAUUUAUUGCAUGGACAAAGAAAUUAAUUGUGUUCUGGGAUGUCUACAUCUGUGACAGACCCAAGUCCUCAGCUCGUGCACAUGUGAUGAGGAACAUGUCCAGAGAACCUGGAGACAUUCUGAUCAACACAUCCAUUCUGCUAUAGGCUGUUUACAGGGCAUAACAAUGAGCGAUUAAUGACAAGAAGUUUAGCAGUGUCCUGUUGUUUUGUCUACCAUGAACAUUCGAGACUUGUAUGAUCGUACAAGCAGUGAAAGGCUAAAUGUUUGAUGGACUGAUUUUACCAAAGUCAUCAGCAAAUGCUAAGGGAGUAUUAACUAGUAUUUCAGACAACUAAAACUUCUAAUGUAUUUUGGUUUAGUUUAUUUGUGGAAAAUAACUGAAAUAUUGUACCUUAAAGAAAUAAGACCACAGAACUUUGCAACAAAGUAAAUCAAAUGUUAUGUUUUGCUCAAAACACUACUUGAACACUGAAACAGAUAUGGCCAUGUUAAAAACUCUGAAAUGAAAAUACCUGAGUGUGGAAGAUGUAUCCAGUAGACAUUGUAGAUAGCCCUAGCAGUGAUCAUGUGGGUGGGAAAUUACUGUUGUCAUGAGAUGUAAUGUUACAUUUAAUUGUAAAAAAGAUUGACGUGUUGUCUUCAGUUCAUUAUAUUUUUAAUGCUAAUGAGACAUUUGUCUCUGUAACCUUGCACUUUGAUCGAUACUUUUGCCUUAAUAUUUCUUCUCAAAAACUUGUUUUUUUGUGUUUUGAACUCUAGUUACUGAGAAUUAUUGAACAUGCACAGCUUGUAUGAUAGCCUCACUGACAAUUAUGCUGUUAUUUCCUAAUAAUUGGCUUUGGAUGUAAAUAGAAUUGUUAUUGUUACAAAAUGUAAUUAUUUGUUUUAGAACACCUGUUUUACUUGUUUUGGGUAAAUGUAUGUGUACAAGUCUUAUUCAGACAAAUGCUUUUGAGAUUAUGUCAAAAAUGAACAUUCAUUCUAUUUUAUAGUGUUCAUUGCUUUUUUCAUCCAAUUUAAUCAAGUACAUUGAAUUACUGGAAACAUUUUUUAAAGUUACUUGUCCAUUUGAAAAGAUUUACUGGUAGGGGGUCAUUUCCAUUGUUUCAGUGUCUUAUUUACACUGAUUUACAGUCGUAUUGUGUUCUUAAGGAGGUUACAAUGAAUUGUUGCAAAAUAACCCACCCUUUCAUGCAAUAAUUCAGGAAGGUACAGCAACACAUUCUUGUGUCAGAUUGUAAUGAUCACAAUAUUAAUAUUAUUUUUCAUAACAUGACACAUUAACUCCUAAUGAUGUGUUGUAUGUCCAUUAUUUUCAUAAUGACCUGAAUGAAGCCAACAUCUUUGUACACUUCAGUGGGAUUUAAUUUUCCAAAAUUGAUAUUAAAUUAUUUUCAGGAGGGCUUACAAGAUUUUGUAUGUUUUUUUUUGGAAAACGUGUGAUUUCAAUGUUAGAGCAUUUGAGACAACUUGAAAAUGAGAGAUGAAGAUGGUUUUAUUAUGAAAGAUGAAUAUUGUUGUCCCAUUUUGUUUUAAGCAUAUAACACAGGAGCCUUUUUCAAAUCAGUACUUUUUAUUGUGAAGAAAACUAUUCUCCCAUCUAUGUACAUAACAGAAACAACAAUAGAAUGAAUUUCAUGAUCAGGUAUGAUUGAGAUACAUAAGGUUUAAGGGACUUAAAAAGUACAUUAGUAUUUCAAACAUUUCAGCUUAUAUCAAGAGACAAACAUUUGAAAAAUGGAGAUGUUUGUAUGUCUGAAUAUUUUUGUCAUGUUAAAUCUUACUGGGGAAGAAGGGUGGGGUUCACUGGUGACCUGUCAUAGCAGAGUUACUUCCCUUAGGCACUCCAGACAUCAGUGAUCCUGGAUUUCAACCCUGCAUUCUCCCUUGUAUACUUGAAGGUUUGUCAUGUGCUUACAUGUUUCUACAAAGUGGUUAAUGUGUGAAAACUGCAUAACUUUGGGGUUACAUUUAAUUGACAUGCCCUGACAACUAGAAAACUGUUCAAAGCGGCAUAAAUACCAACUCACUUACUCAAUCUGAAACUGAUAUCAUUCCUGAGAUAUAAUCUAUAGCAUGCCCUACAUAUUUGUGUAAAUUUCAUGGAGUAUUUGUUUUAAGGCUUUUGAUUAAGAUGAAUGAUUCUGACAAGCAUGAGUACUUAUAUUCUGCCCCAUUUGCAAAGAUUUGUUACACAAUGUUUCAUCAAAUGUGGUUGGCACGGAUGUGUGAUGAAUGUUUGAUGUAUGCACUUGAGUGAUUAAUGGAAGCCACCUUACUAAGUGGUGGAAUGACUGAAGAAGGAUCUUUGGUGGCAAUGGAAUGUUCACUGAAAGUUGACAAAAAGAUAGAAAUCUGCAUGGGAAUAACUAACUUGAACAUUUUGUGAUGUUGCUGAGUUAUCAAUAAUGUAACUCAUUUGUCAUGAAAGUAUCGAUUGAAUUUAUGUUUAAUAAUUAUGCUAUAGUUGCGUGUUCUGUACAAAAUCUGCAAGUCCACCAGUAAUAAAGCUUCAUGUGAAAUA